UUCCCGGAGGAUUCCUCCAUCAUGGUGUCACGUGAGGCUCGAUCCGCACUGAGUAAAGCAGCGAGUUCCUUCGUUCUCUGCGUCACUUCCAUGGCCAGUAUACACUGCGAGGCAGGCAAACGUAAGACCCUUGCGGCUUCUGAUGUCAUUGGCGCUCUGCGGGACAUGCAAUUUGGACACUUUGAGUCACCCCUACUUCAAUUCCUUGAAAGUUAUCGGGAGUUGACAGCUGCAAAAAAAGCGUCGAAACGAAGCCUUACAUCCACUGGCGAGGCUUCUGGUAUGACCGAGGAUAUGGAUGAGUCGAUGUGA